AGCCCAUCAAGCUCUCCACGAGUGACGACCCUCCUCCCCUACGGAAUGGAAUGUCGGUUGUGCUGAAAGUCCGGACAUCUUGAUCCAAAGGCGAUUGGGUCGGAACUUGCGUGUGCGCCGAAUUGGAGUCCCGUUCUUCGAGGAGGAAGUGUCGUCGGAAUUGAGAGGAGUAGCGGCAUUAUGGCAACCCUAUUGAGCUCAGCGCUGUGUACCAGCGGUAGCAUUUCACGACUGGCAACGAGAGACAGCACGUGCAGCUCAUUAGGAAAGAGCGGAAUCAGUGUAGUCGGUGGACGGUCAAAGAAGGCAGACGCGAAAUUGGUUGUCGCCUCGGCUCUGAAGAAUCAGAAUUCCCACGAGGAGCCUGUUCCUUCUACCGAAAGAAGCGUUGCAACGUUCUUGCUGAACACUGCAGUCGCUUCAGCCCUCAGCCUCUCUAUCUCUUUGUUCGGAGGUGACAUUGCAUUAGCCAGACCGGAAGGAGUCAAUAGGCCGGAAUUGUUGCCGAAAGAAUUUACUCCUGUUAUAGAUGUGGCCGGCUUCUUGUCUCCGGCUCAGGAAGGUCGAAUUGCUCAACAGGUGACUAGUCUAGAAGACGAAACUGGAUACAAAUUGCGCGUUCUCGCCCAGAACUAUCCAGAAACCCCAGGACUGGCGGUGAAGAAUUUCUGGCAAGUAGAUGACAACACCAUUGUGUUUGUCGCAGACCCUAGCAUGGGAAAUAUUCUGAAUUUCAAUGUUGGAGCUUCAGUAGACCUUAAUGUGCCCAGAAGUUUCUGGUCGAGGCUCGCUGGAAAGUAUGGCAACAUUUUUUUCUGGAGGGAGCAGGGAGAAGAUGCGUCUAUAGAGGCCGCUGUGGAGGCUAUUGGAGAAUGCCUGAGGGAGCCAGCAGGACCGAGGGCCUGCUCUGAAAUCAAGUGAUAUGUUCCUGAUACUGUACUCUCGCUAAACAAUCUGCUGAAGCGGAAUCGAGCUGUCAGCAUGAUGUAGAUUGUUCCUCGAAAGGUUUCAGCGAGGCCUUGUCCCUGUACAUCUAGGUUGCCCAAAAAAGCCUUGUAUUGUAAGUGACAUCCAAAAUUCUAUCUUAAGUUAUCAUUCUUGUCGGUCGGUUAUUUCAUUCGGCAUAUCAAUCAGAGUGACUUUCAGGUCUGCCCUCUGUCGUGUUGUACUCUAUCAGUUCGUCCUUCAGAAGAUUUACUUGAGCGUGGGCCGAAGGCGACGCUUCGGUUGUGAAGAAAAUAAAUCUACGCACAUCUAC